AGAAAUUGGGCAUGAUUUCAUCACUACCAAGUGAAUAUAUAUAAUACCAUACUCACAUGGGCAAAACUUUAAGAAAAUCCCAACCCCCCAUAAGCAUAAAACUCUCUCCCUCCCUCCCUUUCACCCUCUUCUUCUUUACCUUUAUUUUAUUCAUCCCCCCGUGCCUUUGAAGCUCAAUAUAGAAGAGAAUUUCAAAGCCAAGCACUUGUGCUUUGGAAAUGGUGAGAAACACUGUUCGUUUUUUUCUUAAGAUUUUGGUUUAGUCAAUUUCUUGUUGGGUUUUUUGUCAAGAUGCUACUCCUCACCCAAAAGCUAAGAAUUUAGUGCCCGUUUUCAUGAGGACAAGAUAAAUGCCCAAAUUUACAGCUACAAAUUACAACAAAAACAAAAACAAUACACAUGGAUUCUUCUUCUUCUUCUUAUUUUUCUUCUUCUUCUUCUCUUCUUCUUCCUCUUCUUGUUUUUUCCCUUCUUGUCGUUUCAUCCUUUUGUCCUGUUCAUUCCCAUCCAAUCAAUAAAACGACGGCGUUUCGCCCACAAGACCAUCUCAAGAAACUGAAGCUAGUUAGAGCUCAUCUCAAGAGAAUCAACAAGCCACCCAUCAAGACAAUUCAGAGCCCUGACGGUGAUCUUAUAGAUUGUGUUAUAACUCAUCAACAGCCAGCUUUUGAUCAUCCAUUACUGAAAGGACAGAAGCCAUUGGAUCUGCCGGAUAGACCGUACGAACGGAGUAGUUCGGGGGAGGAAUCAUCGGAAACGUUCCAAUUAUGGAGUAUGUCCGGGGAAUUUUGCCCGGAGGGGAGUGUUCCGAUCAGAAGAACAACAGAAAACGAUAUGAUGAGAGCGAGCUCUGUUCAAAGAUUUGGAAGGAAAGUAAGAAGAAGGAUUAGAAGAGAUUCAUCCAGCAGUGGGCAUGAGCAUGCAGUGGGAUUUGUAAGUGGAGAAGAGUACUACGGAGCAAAAGGAAGCAUAAACGUAUGGGCACCGCGGGUGACGAAUCAAUACGAGUUUAGUCUGUCUCAGAUGUGGGUCAUUUCUGGUUCUUUUGGAGAUGAUCUUAACACCAUUGAAGCUGGCUGGCAGGUUAGCCCAGAGCUGUAUGGAGACAAUUACCCGAGAUUUUUCACUUAUUGGACUUCAGACGCAUAUCAAACGACGGGCUGCUACAAUUUACUCUGCUCCGGCUUCGUUCAAACCAACAAUAGAAUCGCCAUUGGAGCUGCUAUUUCUCCAACUUCUUCCUACAAUGGAGGCCAGUUCGACAUCAGUCUUCUUGUUUGGAAGGAUCCGAAGCAUGGAAAUUGGUGGUUAGAAUUCGGGUCGGGUGUAUUAGUGGGAUACUGGCCGGCAUUUCUAUUCACUCACCUCCGAAGCCACGCGACUAUGAUACAAUUCGGCGGUGAGGUGGUGAAUUCUCGGGCGUCGGGUUUCCACACGGGGACACAAAUGGGGAGCGGGCACUUCGCCGGAGAAGGAUUCGGAAAAGCUUCAUAUUUUAGGAACUUGCAAGUGGUGGAUUGGGAUAACAGCUUAAUUCCUCUAUCGAAUCUGAAGGUUUUGGCUGAUCAUCCAAAUUGUUAUAACAUUCAAGGUGGAAUUAAUAGAGUUUGGGGAAAUUAUUUUUACUAUGGUGGCCCCGGAAGAAAUGUGAGAUGCCCAUAAAUUUGUGUUUUUGGUUUCUUUCUCUUUUCAUGAAUUUUCUUGUGGGGUGUUUUUCUUAGAGGAAAAUGUGAAAUAUUCAUGUAUUUGUUUGUUGGGUUUUAGUUCAUUUUUUUGGUUCCUUCAAAUUGAAAUUCACUAAAAUGUGAGAAUAGGAAGGGACUGUUGUAAAUUUUGAAGAAAGAAAUAGUGAAUUAUAUACUAAGCUUGUGGAAUUGAUUUGUCUU